AUGUUGACAGAACUUGUGCUCGCAACUUCGCUUUCAGAUUCAAACAUACAAGUUUGGGAUUUCAGAACCGGAACUUUGUUAACUUCUUUCAAACAAAAUAAAUGUUAUCAGCAUGGCUUGGCUUUAAUUCCAUUUCCAGGACAACCUAAUAGAGUUGGUUUAGUUAUAGCCGCACAAACUGAUAAAGCUUUAUUACAUGUAUAUUCGUGGCAAAAGGAUCAGCCUUAUCUCAAAUUUAUAUGUCCUGAGAAAUUAGUUUCGGUGACUAUUUCAAAUCAAGGCGCGUAUUGUGCUUGUGGUACCGAUAAUGGAAAAAUUUACAUUUGGGAGCUUUCAACCGGAAUAUUAUGUCGUGUAUAUGAUGCUCAUUAUAAAAAAAUUAGUGUCCUCAAAUUUACAAAUGACGAUACUGCAUUGAUAUCAGGCAGUGAAGAUUCUGGAGUAAAUGUCUGUAUUUUAAAUGAUUUAACAGAUGAAUCUCCAUCUCCAUUUUAUUCAUGGUCAGAACAUUCAUUACCAAUAACUGAUAUAAUAUGUGGGAUUGGUAGCUUUCGUACAGCGAGAGUAUUGACUUCGUCGUUGGACCAUACUUGUAAACUAUGGGACCUGUCGUCCGGACAUCUUCUAACAACCUUCCUAUUUCCCACCGCUAUAACUGCUAUUGCGCUUGACCCUGCUGAAAGAAUGUUUUUUGCUGGUGGUAGGGAUAAUCUUAUUUAUCAGGUAAAUCUGUACCGAAAAUUUGAGAAUAGAACUUAUAAUGCAAGUGGACAGCUUGGAUUUGAGAUAUCAGCAGUAGGAGUUGGUGUUGUUGAAGAUGUUGUAUCUGAACGUGAUGAUAAGAGAAACCUAAUAUUUAGAGGACAUAGCAUGUCAAUUACGACCCUUUCACUUUCAUAUGAUACUACGCUUCUCCUAUCAGGCUCUGAAGAUGAAACAGUGAAAGUAUGGGAUAUUGCCAGUGGACAAAUGAUUAAAAAUUUUACACAUCUCAAAGGUCCAAUCGCAAACAUACAAACUUUUAUAAAGCCACCUGAUUUUUUCAAUUUCGGUUUGUCACCGACUAAAAUUAUGAUACAACCAAUACCGCCUUUUAAGAGAACGCAAGGGAAAUCGAUCAAAGAAGAUUCUGAAAUUGAAGAAUCUGUAAUAAUGGUUUUAAAUGAUAAUAAAAAGGAAAUUGAUUUAUAUAAUUACAAUUACAUCAAUCAAG